AUGUCCCUCUCGGAGCCUCGCCGCCCGCGCCUCCUCCCGCAGAACCGCAAGCUGCGCCACCUAAACGGCCUGUCGCUGCGCAACCUGUCCUUCGCGCCCCCCGCCCACCGCGCCGCCGACGAUGCCGCCGUCGACCAGUCCCGCCGCCUCGAGGUCCUGCGCGAGGCCGGCCAGCUGCACCCCUCGCGCUCCUCGGAGAGCCUGCGAGACGACGCCAUCUCCGGCGCGCCCCGGGCCGACAAGCGCCGCCCCAAGGCACGCCCGCGCCGGACCAGCCUGAGCCUCGCCCACGCGAACCCGGCGUCGCGCCAGCGGAAGCUCGAGGAGCUGGUCGAGAGCUCCGUUGGCGAUGCGUUCUUCUCCCUGCACGUGGCCGGGUCGGACGAGCCCGUGUACGUGAGCGAGGUGCGCGAGCGGUCUGCGAACUUCAACUUUCGCUUCUUUAACCUCGCCGACGAUGCAUUCUCGAGAGAUUGCAUCCUGACGAUUCGCGUCUGGUCGCGGCGCCCCGGCCAGCCGUGGACGCUGCUCCUCGAGGAGAUUGUCGACCUGCGCGGGCUCAACUUCAUUGGCGCGCUGAUGGACCGGCGGUUCCCCCCCAAUGCGCUCAUCUUCCACCUCGAGGACGGCGUCUACUCGCUCGACUUUCCCACCCGCGCGGCCGAGCCCCGCCAGGCCCCGCCCGUGGCCACGUCGUCGUACAACGCGCUCAUGAAGCUGGCCAACCUCGAGAGCUCCAUCCAGGACGCCAUGGACACGCAGCGCCGCAUCAUGGACCAGAUCAACGGCAUCCUCGAGAGCAACCCGCCCGACGCGCGGGACGCCGCCGAGGAGGAGGAGGAAGCCGCCCUGGCGGCGCGGUACGUGGCGGCGCAGCGGCGCGCCAACCGCCAGGCCCAGAAGCGGCGCGACGAGCUGCGUGAGUCGCUGGCCAGCCGUCGUGCGGCCAUAGCGCAGGGUCGCGAGGCCCAGGCCCGCGCCGAGCAGGACGUCGCGCACAACCGCGAGCAGCUCGACGCAUCGCGCUCGCUUGCGGCGACGACGGAGCUGCAGAUCCGCGGCCAGCGUCGCCGCAUCUGCUCGGAGCUAUCCGACAUGCUGCCCAUCACGCCCGUGCCCGACGCGCCGCCGCUGUCGUUCCAGAUCUGCGGGCUGCCGCUGCCCAACUCGACGUACGACGCGGCGACGGCGCGCGCCGUCAACGAGGACGUCGUGUCCGCCGCCCUGGGGCUCGUCGCCCUCGUCGUGCGCAACCUGCAGUUCUACCUCUCCCUGCCGCUCCCUUACCCGCUCUACCCUUACGGCUCGCGCUCCGUCGCCCGCGACGAAAUCUCCCUGCUGCCCGACCAGCCCGCGCCGCCGCCCUCGUCGCGCCGCGAGUUCCCGCUGCACCUGCCGCGCGGCGGCUCGACCCUCGGCCACUGGCGCUUCGAGUACGCCUGGUUCCUCCUCAACAAGGACGUCGAGGCCCUGUGCGCCUCACAGGGCCUGCGCGUCGUCGACAUCCGCCACUCCCUCCCCAACCUCAAGUACCUGCUCUACGUCUGCAGCGCCGGCUCCGACGACGUGCCCCAGCGCAAGAGGGGCGGCGUGCGCGGCCUCUGGGCGGGGAGGCGUCUGGCGGGAGGCAUGCCUGCGGCGGCGGACCGACCCCUGAGCGCAUCCGGGACCCAAACGCACGUGGAUCAGAGACGACGCCUCAGCGAGGACCAAGACGGGCGCGGUGACCGCGGCAACGGCAACGGCAACGGUAACGGCAACGGCGUGCUGGACGCGGGGCCGCUGGGCGAGCGCUUCACCCUGCGGACCAAGGGGCUGCGAGAGAACGUCGCCUGA